CUCACGUACAAGUUGUUGAGUUUUUUUUCGUGCCACAGCAAUUUUCUUCUAGUGAAACGACAAGGAUACAAAUGUGAAGAAGGGUUCCCUGGAGCCAUAUUUGCUGUGUGUUGCGAAACCAAAAGUUCAACCGAUCCCGGACGAAGCUCGCAACACACCGUGCUUGUUUGCUUUCACAUAAAUAUUUGGGUGAACUACGGCUCAGGUGUAAUCAACUGCAAAAACCAACAACAUAUUUCCAGGGCACGUGAGAGAGACCAACCUCACCGUGAGCAUAUUUCAGAGUUUUGAAACCAUCAUUCGGAGUUAAACAAUCAGUUCUGGAUGUGGAACGUCUUCCCCGAGCAUUGCUGCGGAAUCAUAAAAAAAGAGUGAAUGAUGCGAGGUUUCGGCUGUUAUGAGCUUCCGGAGUACGUCGCCCUAGUAGUAGAAGAGUAAAAACAAAGUGUGAAGUGUUAUUUUCCAAUUACUAGAAGUGAACCUGAUGUAGUGAGUGAGAGCAUUAAUUAGUGAGCACUUGCAUUGUCACAGUUCUUCUGUUCAGGACCUUGGACCGGGAAUAUAAAUUGCACUCAUGCUUUGAUACGUGAUACUCUUCCGAUACAGGACGUGUGUCCCUGGUUGUGUGCAUGUGACUCCGUCCAGCACAGGAUGAGAUGGAGUGAUGCAAUUUGCUGAAGGCCUUUAGUUGCCGCGCAGAGGAGAAGGAAGUGAUCAAGUGGUCGCGUUCGGUUCGUCUUCUUCCUGCGAGUGCUUCCGCCGUCGGUCUCGUCCCGUUGCAAAAGAAAAACGCGAAACUAAUCGAUUACUGGUGGGGCCGCGCAUACACACGUACACAACUACAAACAUAGGAAAACAAACACCGAGCGGCAGCGUCAUGGGUUGUGAACUAACGAAAUUAGCCAGCAGUAAUGGAGGCUCGAAAGGUAACAAUGUGCCGAGUCUGGACGCCUGUGGGCCACCGCCAACGGACAGCAGGUUGCCGCUCACUGCCAAACAGAAAUACACCAUGGUGGCCUCGUGGAAAGGCAUCAGCCGAGCGAUGGAGACGACUGGGAUUGAUAUGUUCAUCAAAUUAUUUGAAGAACAUGCAGACCUGCUGGAUAUGUUUGCAAGUUUCAAAGAGCUCAAAACGAAAGAGGAACAGGCGACAUCGGAGGAGCUGCAGGAGCAUGCCAACAAGGUGAUGAAUACGCUAGACGAAGGAAUCAGGGGUCUGGAUGAUUUGGACACUUUCUUCGAGUUCAUCCACCAGGUGGGAGCAUCGCACAGGCGGUUACCCGGUUUCAAACAGGAAUACUUCUGGAGAAUAGAGGAACCCUUCCUGUCAGCGGUCUCGAAUACGUUAGGCGAUCGGUACACGCAAAACGUCGAAGGAAUUUACAAGAUGACCAUAAAGUUCAUCAUCGAAACACUGGUCGCAGGAUAUGAAUCAAGUGCCAACAAUAACGAGGACGUCAACAAUGCGAAUUUGUCGACGUCGGGAGCGGGGGCGGGGCCAACGACCAGUGGAGACAAAAAGACGUCUUGAACGUCAACCAAUCAAGAAGGUGCCAGCAGCGUUAACCCAAGUUAGGUGCAGUAGCAGUAGGAGCUCGAGGUGAUUCUAGAAGUAAUGGAAGUCCCAACAAUUAAUGAGAGUGAGUUUGAACCGUUUAAGCCGAAAGAGCGUAUCAUCGUUUUAUGAUUACCGAAGCAACUGGAGCGAGUAUAAUGUCCAGUAAUGAUGUGCAACUGUAGAAACAAUCGACAAUGACAAAGAUAGGAACCACGGGAAGAAGAGUCAGCUCUUUCCUACCGGAAAGGAAAAGAAUAAAGCCCCUCCCUCGCCUACUCUGUGAACAAUCCCUAAAGUUGUAACAGUCACUAAUACACAGUAAACACUUUUUGUAUACUACUCUCAAAAUAAGCAGAAUUGUGCAGGACACUCGAAACUUUUUGUAUACAUUUAAACAUUUAUAUAGCAGAAAUAAAAUAACAGGUCAGCAGAGAAGAGCGAGGGAAUCAAGUGAAUGAAAUGACGGAAGGCAAAAUAGCGGUAAAGGCAACUAAAAACUUUUCAAACAACCGAACUGUGCCAUCGUUCGCCGUGUGCAUCGCGUGCCCCAAGAGCAGCAGCAGAAAAUCAGACGAGCACCGUGUCAUGCAUCUUCAUACUUUCAAACGGUCAGUUUCCCGCACCCACUCUCGACCGUACGGAAACUGUCUGACUGGAUGGUCAAUAGCCUAUGGUAGAUGGCGCAUCGGUUGCCGAACACCCGGAAAGGUACUGCGAAACGGACCUGGUAUCCACAGCAUGAAAAGCGUUUUUAUUGAACAAACAUACAUUAUAUGUGUGUUUAGUGUAGAUGUAACCUAAGCGGAGAAUAUGUAUGUGCGCUGUAAAGUAGCGGGCUGUGAGCCAAAGCGCUAUCAUCAAAGUGUACCAGUCAGAAACAUGGUCGGUAGGCAAAGCUAACUUCCACUCACAUGUCAUAGACCUGAACGACAAACGAAACGGGCACUGCAGUGGGUAACUGUCGCGUUUAGGCACUGUUUGGCACCGGUCUAAAAUAAUCCAAUCCAACAGCAGCCUUUUGGGCACCAGCGAGGUGUAGACCGCCUGGAGUGCAUCCCACUGGAAAGCUUGAAGGCGAUUUAUUAACUAAAAGCAGGUCACUUAGAUUUAGUGUUUCAGCCGAUUCGAACCAACAGGUUGACUUUUAUGGAACUACUCAACCUCAUGAGCACAAAUGGGGGAUAAAAGCAAGUCAUGAAGUAGGACCUACCGGGAGACGAUGAUUUGAUGUGUCAUUCACAUGCUGUACAGAGGCUACUCAGUGGAAAACUUGAUUGUGGCUUGUCUGCAUGGA